AUGGAUGUGUUCUGUAGGAUCCAAACAUACUUGAAAAGUUGGAUGCUGGCCACUAUUGCUGUCAAUUCAUCGAGGGAUCUCGGCUUACCAGACGCAAUCUGUUGGAUACCACCGAAGUGCAUCUGCCUCACGAAGCAGCCCUUCAUGAGGAGGCGCAGUUCAGGAGCGGCGCUUGGCGAGCUCAUGAGGUGUGGUGAUCUUGAUGGCCCGAGCUCGAGGCGCAGCGAGUACUUGCGGCUAAUUUGGAAAAGCUAUGACACGUGUGAAGAUUAUGGUUUCUCCCGUGGUUUCUCCCCAGUCGUUUUCCUUGUAGAUGUAGCAUAUGGGGGCGGUCUCGACUAUGCUAUCCACGUCAUCUCGUUGAACCUUGUCACCGAUUUGUGCCAACAGCGGCGCGUGAGCCGAUAUGACCUGUUGAGCAUCUUUAUCAAGGAGAGGAGCUCAUUGAAGAGUGGGCGCAGAUCCGGAAGCUCGAGCACCCAGGGGGUGAGGUGGGGAACGCUGAUGCGCACGCUGGCGCACAUGUAUUUCGCUGCCAGUGUCGAACACGGCCUUCUGCAAGCGGAUAAAGGAGAGAUAGAUGCGGGUGGCGCGCCUUUGUUAGUCCUGCCAUGGCAGCUGAGUUGGCGCUGUCAGAGCACAUCUACGUAG